GGGUCCUGGAUGGCGUUAUAAACACGCAGAACCAAGACACGUUAUAGAAACUUUGUUGUGGUUAAACUACUUUGGUCCGCGUUCACAAUGCUCACCCGCUUGCCGUGUUGCGGCUUUUUACAAUCAGGUGCUCUUUGGUGUGUAUUUGUUUAGGAAAAUCACUGCAAAUCCCCUUUGUCUUCACAUACGCCAGUCGCCAACAAACACCUACGGGCGAAAUACAGGCACAUGGUGAUGUUUGAAGUCAGCGGGUCACCAAUAACUGCUCUCACACUCUUUCACUGUGACCAAGCCAUGGAGGAUUCUGUCUUCUAUGAGAAAGAAAAUGAGUUUCGUGGCCAGCUGGUGAACCAGCGGUGGACGCGAGGCGAGAGGACCAGCAGCCGCUGUCAGGCCUCCCUGAGACUGCAGAGCCGUCGACCAAUCAUGAUGAGUGUAGAAAGUGAUGACAAGCGAACUCGCACUCGGUCCAAGGGAAUCAGAGUUCCUAUUGAGCAUGCAGGACAAGAGCUGAGCUGCCCCACCCCUGGAUGCAAUGGCUCGGGCCAUAUCAGUGGGAGAUACUCACGACACAGAAGCAUCCUGGGAUGCCCCAUAGCCAGAAAGCGGCGGGUUGAGGAGACCGAGGCAGAGCAGGAGCAGGAACAGGAAGCGGAGCGGCCGGCAUCCAAGAGGAAGUCCCACCCCCUGAAACUGGCCCUGGACGAGGGCUUCAGCGCAGAAAGUGAUGCCAGCAGUGAAGCUGAAGGAGACAGCGAGAGGGAUGGCGAUAACAGAAGCGAGAACAAGGAGGAUGAGGGUGACACGGAUGACGCCGCAGAAGAAAAGAAGAUUGGGGAAGACCUAACGCACGGACAGACCAACGGACAGGGUAUGGACACACCGAGUCGACAACAGGAGGAAGAGGAGCGGGAAGAAGCGGCAAACCAAAUGGACUUAGAAGAAGAGUGUGUCAUCAUUGAGCCUCCUAUGUCACCCGAGUGUCAAUCUCCUUCUCACAUUGCUGAAGAAGUGGCCAACUCUCUCCUGCACCUCGGGCGAGUCCCUGCUACGGGUAAUGACAGCGAUGCUCCAACUGUGGCCGCCCAGCAGCCUGUUGCUAUGGAGACUGAGGGGAAUAUCACAGUAGCGGUUGAAAAAGUCAACGAGGAGCGGAAUGGGGAAACGGCUGAGGCAGAGGAAGACGUAGUAGACAGAGGUCAAGGCAUGCAAGAGGAGACGGAAGGGGCAGAGGACGAAUCGGUGGAUGACCGAGGCCAGGGUGGAACUCUCGCCAAGGAGGUCCACCGUCAAUCGGCAGUAGAUGCAGAGGAAGAGACAGCAGAGACAGCACAACAGAAGAAGAACACACCAGAAGAGGAGGAGAAAGAUGAGGAGGUGAACCCUAAUGUGCCAACUGCUGUCCGCACCAUCACCAGCACCACAGCAGCUCAGGGACCACAUAUCAAGACUGAAGACCACAGGGUUAGUCCUCUGGAGGACUACAACACACAUGAAAACUACAGUGGGACGAGGACCAGUCCGCUCGACAACUAUGACUCCCACAAAAUACUUGAUAACUACAAGGCCUGCCUUCCUCUAAGCUACAUCUCCCACAUGGCCAGUCCGCUUGAGAACUACUCACCAAAUCCCAGAGGUGAAAACUUUCAAAUCCACAAAGUCUCGCCCUCUGUCUCGCCCGACAUUAUCGAGGUGCAUUCUGACAAGUCGGAUGAGAAAGACUUUGAUGACGUGGACGGUGACGAUGAACACGACGACGACGACAGCCUCUCCCAGCGCUCCACCGUCACAGAUGAGUCUGAGAUGUUUGACAUGACCCGAGGGAACCUGGGCCUCAUCGAGCAGGCCAUCGCCCUCAAAGCAGAGCAGGUGAAGCCGGCUGGGCCCAGGGAGCUGCUGGGUGUGGCCGAUAUACAGCACCACAGAUACUUCACCAUGGAAGAUCGGCCCAAGCACCUUGAGGUCAUCCGAAAGAGCUACUUCAAAGAGAGUAUUCGGCCAGAGAAGAGGGAGAUCAAGUGUCCCACCCCGGGGUGUGACGGGACGGGUCAUGUGACUGGCCUUUACCCCCACCAUCGUAGCCUGUCAGGCUGCCCUCACAAGGACAGGAUCCCCCCUGAAAUUCUGGCCAUGCAUGAGAAUGUGCUGAAGUGUCCAACUCCUGGCUGCACCGGUCAGGGCCAUGUUAACAGCAACCGUAACACACACCGCAGUCUUUCGGGAUGUCCCAUUGCAGCGGCGGAGAAGCUGUCCAAGAGCCAAGACAAGCAGCUUUCUCAGCCUGGCUGCGACCUCCUCAAAGGAAGCCCCAAUGACAGAGUGCUCAGGCCCAUGUGCUUCGUAAAGCAACUGGAGAUGCCCCAGUUUGGUAGCUACAGGCCCAACAUGGCGCCAAGCACACCCCGCGCCAACCUGGCCAAGGAGCUGGAGAAGUACUCCAAGGUGUCCUUUGAUUAUGCAAGCUUUGAUGCUCAAGUAUUCGGGAAGCGUACGCUUGCGCCAAAGAUGCCCACCAGCGAAACCUCACCCAAAGCCUUCAAAAGUAAGCCCUCAUUCCCCAAAUCGACAUCGCCCAGCCUCAGCCUCCACGCUUACGGCAAACCGUCCUCCUUGGCCUACGACUACUCGCAUGAUGCCGAAGCCGCCCACAUGGCUGCCACCGCCAUCCUCAACCUGUCCACACGGUGCUGGGAGAAACCCGAGAACCUCAGCACCAAACCACAAAACAAGGAAAUGGACAUUGAGGUGGAUGAAAAUGGUACUCUGGACCUGAGUAUGAAGAAGCCCAUCAAACAUGAAGGCAGCCUGUCUGGCACCAGCCCGGAGGUCCGUUCCCCAGACCCUUCUUCCUCCUCGUCUUCCUCUCUGCAUCACGGGGGAAGCAGUGGGAUGACAUCACCCAACCUUCAGAGCUACAAGCAGGAGGAGUGGGAGGGGCCUCUGGAUUUUACCAAACACAACCGCCAAAGGGAGGAGGAAAUGGACGAGAUGGAUCACGCCGGGCAGUCAUAUGUGUCAUCUGACCCAGAGGACAGUGACAUGAUGCAAGACUUAAUGGAGGACAGGAAGUACCCUGGAGAAGUCACCACUCCAAAUUUCAAGGUCAAGUUUCAGCCCAAGGACAGCAAGAAGGAGCUGCUUUCAUGUCCGACACCGGGGUGUGAUGGCAGUGGCCACAUCACUGGCAACUAUGCAUCUCAUCGCAGUCUAUCUGGGUGUCCUCUCGCUGAUAAGAGCCUCCGGUCCCUCAUGGCAGCACACACCCCUGAACUCAAAUGUCCCACCCCAGGAUGUGACGGCUCAGGUCAUAUCACGGGAAACUACGCCUCCCAUCGAAGUCUCUCUGGGUGCCCACGUGCCAAGAAAAGUGGAAUUAAAACUCCUACCAAGGACAACCAGGAGGACUCGGAGCUUUUAAAAUGUCCAGUGCCGGGCUGUGACAGCCUUGGACACAUCAGCGGGAAGUACGCCACGCAUCGUAGCGCCUACGGGUGUCCGCUCGCGGCCCGCAGACAGAAGGAGGGUGUCCUGAACGGCACGCCCUUCAACUGGAAGGCCUUCAAGACUGAAGGACCCACGUGUCCAACCCCGGGAUGUGACGGCUCUGGACACGCCAACGGCAGCUUCCUCACACACCGCAGUCUCUCAGGGUGCCCCAGGGCGUUGUAUGCUAAGAAAAAGGCCAAGUUUCCCACAGAGGACUAUUUGAGCACCAAGUUCAGAGCCAGUGAUGUUUUGGACAAUGACGAGGACAUCAAGCAGCUCAACAAAGAGAUUAAUGACCUCAACGAGUCCAACAAUGAAACGGAGGCAGACGUAGUCAACCUGCAAACCCAGAUCACUUCUAUGGAAAAGAAUUUGAAGAGCAUCGAGCAUGAGAACAAGAUGAUCGAGGAGCAGAACGAGGCUCUUUUCAUGGAGCUGUCCGGGCUGAGCCGGGCCCUGAUCCGCAGCCUGGCUAACAUACGCGUGCCGCACAUGGAGCCCAUCACGGAGCAGAACUUCGACAGCUAUGUGAGCACCCUGACCGACAUGUACACCAACAAAGACUGCUUCCAGAGCCCCGAGAACAAGGCUCUACUGGAGAGCAUCAACAAAGCUGUGAAGGGCAUCAAAGUCUGAGACGCGCACACGCCGAAGAGCCAAGCCGCCCUAGCGAGCGUGACGGAGUCACAGGGCUAUUAUUGAAAUACAUCAAAUAAUAGAAAUCAAAAACAACACAAAGGGAAUUCAGGUUAUUUAAAUAAACACAACCCAGGGAGCAUCGAUGAGCAGAAGAGGACGCGGACCAAAAUCCCCACCAUGCUGCUUCUGGGAUCAGUGAAGAUGCGAAGAGGAAAGGAAUCCUUCAGGCAGGAUGGCGAAGGCUACGAUGAGCUACUGUAUCUGAGGCGUUCAGUAUGCCGUGUGGUUACUCAUAUAUCUCUUGUGUGCCCUGAGAUAGAUGUGCUUGAGGACAAGUUCACUGUUGCCCAGAUGAUUAUUUUUGGUUUGUUUGUUGGUUUUUGUUUCUUUGUUUUGGCUUUGAUCGCUCAAGGAUGGCGAACUCGGGAAAGGAAGAGGAGUCGAACUUUAUUUCCGUAGCAUUCACUGUGGCAAGUAUGUGUGUGUUCACCAGCUCUUAAUAGCCCAGCGCACGCACGCACACACACACAUACACACACAUACACAAACACAACUCAGCAAUAUGAAGCAUGCACUAAAGUCAUUGUGUGUUUGCUUUGCGUUAUUAGCGCACCAAAGGGUUCAACGCAAUGUUGAUCCCGUUUUGUGAACGCAGCUGAUCCAGGACCAGCUAAGCUUGUGUUCUUUCCAAUGGCUAAUUGAUUCCAGCAGCAGAUUAACAACUUUGUUUUGAAACCAUUGAAAAUUGGUUUUAAAAAGAAACAAAAAACAGACAUGGCCGUAGUCAUAGUGCGUGCACACAUUUUCAUUUAGUCAUAUCAAUAGUAUUUAUAUCAACAUAGGAAUUGCACUUCAUUUCAAUGAAUAGUUUUGUGGUACAAUGAUUAUUGUCAUAUAUGAAUUAUUUAAAUUUGUGUACUUAAAUUGUAACUUAUUGACAUUUAUGUUAUUGAGGUUUAUUUAUUUGAAGCAAUUUAUUUAUUGACUUUGUAACACAAACAGAAUGCAUCUUUACCGAUUAAUAUGGAAGCGAUUUGCAGAUGUCUUUCAUCGAUAUUUUGAGAAUCUUUAUAGAUAAACGACAAGGCGUAUUUUUUUUAGUACUUUUUAAAACAAAUGUUUUAUAACAAAAAGACACCUUUUGCAUAUUUUAUUGUUUUUAAUUAUUUCUUCAUUUUGUUUAUGUUCUUUCUGGUACCGAUAUGUUCCGAAACACACUACUGGAAAAAAAACAAAUAAUUGAGAAAAUAUGUAUUUAUUAUUUAUUCAAUAUGAAAGUAAUUGACUGAUGGCUGUAUAUUUAUUUUGUUAUUUAUGUGCGUGAUGUGACCAUGACGAGUCUGAGUAGUCUUAAAGAUCCACCGAUCAUAUUGAAAUAAAGACAAAAAAAUCAGCACAGGUAUUGUUUGAUUGCGUAGGUAUGCCAGCAGCUGAUUUGACAAAGUGAAAGCAAUCACGGUUGUGUUGCUAUCUAUUCUCUGUAUUGUUUAUGCCAGCUCAUGUUUGCUUCUGUAAAACAAAACAAACAACAAAAAAAGAACAAACAGCAAAAUGAAACUGAAAAGUGAACUCCCCAAGCAUUUUGUAACAGCCAAGAUCACUUACCCCAAACCUUUGUACAGUAACGUCCAAUAUAAGCUCACAUAAUGCAUUCGGAAACUUUUUUUUUUUUCCGCUUUGAUCCCAGCUCAGUCAUGCAUCUGUGGAGCUGUAUUAUCGAGGUUCAUUUUCAAACACACAAAGCAAACUUUGGAUGGCCUCCGUUUGACAAAAAUACACACCCUUGUAGCCUUACUGUAGAUCUUUAAUUUUGUGAUGCACAAAGUGCCAGUAAAAGAAAUGGGAGGAGAAAAUUCUCUUUAUUUCCAGAUUCUUGGCAUUUUUGCAAUGUUCCAAUGUCUGGUCAUGGGAAGACCACGGCAUCAAGAGAGUGGUGAUUGUUUCAGAUGCCUUUAUUUCUCUGCCAAGAUGGCCAUAAGUACACUAUAUAUUCAUUCUGUAUAAAUAGAUAUGAGAAAUGCUAUAUAUAUGAAUAUAAACAUACAUAUAUUUUUCCAGUGUAAUUGUGGACUUGAGCUUCUACUCCUUAUCAAAGCGUCGCUCGCUGUCGAGACGAGAUGUGAGGGCUGUUAUCAAUAGGAGGCAGUUACACUAAGACCUGCUCAACUGUGGCUUUAAAUACAACGCUCGCUCGAGUUGAAGGCAAUUGGGAAAUGUUAUGCGUUACAGUAUUCAAGAAAAGUGUUACCACUCCGCCCGCUUUUACUUUCUUUUGUCUGUCUUUAAUUCAGAGAUGUGAAAAGAACGACAUCUGAAUCUGGGAUUGAUAGUCCAUGUUUGGCUCUUUAGGUGUCAUGUAAAUUCCUGUAGAGUUCAAGGAAAAAACAAAAAAGGGGAGGAGAAAUCAACGAUGAUGGCUCUGAAUAAUGUUCUGCACAUAGUGUUUGGCUACGUUUGUGCAGUUUUUGUAUUGUUACUGGUAACCAACAGCUGGUCCUUUCUUUAAUGUUGAAACGAGCAAGUAGGAGACUUUUGGUGUUAAAUCUGCCUUCUGAAUGGUCUGUCGCAGCUUUCUGUGGUGUGAUCGCCGUGUGUAACUGAUGUCAAAGGCAUGUUGUCAGUGUGCUUCUAGCCAACGUAGAAUGAAAUUUCCAUGUGCACUUUCUAAAGAACUGUUGAAAAUGCCAGCAUUUGAACCCUGUUUGGUCCAAAAACAAGCCUCCUUCUUGAGUCUGUGCCCCCCCACCACCCCCCACCCGGCCCGUUCCGAUAAAUAAAUAAAUACAUUGGCUUCUAGCCGACUUUGUCUCAGCAGUGACACCGCAGGUCAGCAGUCAGCUGGGGCACUAAAGCAAGAAGGUGCAUAGUUAUGUGUGGGAGUGGGAAAUUGAUUUGCCAGGAUACCAAGAUUUCGCUUUUGAAAGUGUUUGUUGCAUAAAUAUGAGUCCAUCACUCAAAAGAAUGUCAAAGCUUUUUCCUGACCUAACCCCCUCGCCCUUCUCUUGUUUCAUGUCUUGUUUGGAUGCAUUUGCUUACCAAAAUAUAGCAUAGUCUCUCUCUCGCUCUUGAAAUGCACAAGAGUACUGUCCAAGACUGUGAAUAUUUUCCCCAACGUAUUUGAUAUGGCAUGACCCCUUUUAAACUGCUUGAUGAAAUUGUCUAGCAAGGUAUGUUAAUGAUUAUCACUGAAAAAGUGUAACAUUCUCCAGAAAAAAAUGUCAGCCGCAGUAGCCUAAGGGUGCUGAGUCUGUGCCCGCAGAUUGUAUGUUUGCUUAUUUACAUGAAAUUGCCCAGAGGUUGGAGUCACGAGUUGCAUUAUUACUGUUAGAAAAGUGGCAAUGUCCUUUAAAAACAAAGCGGCCAGGGCCAACCAUUUUGACCCCCCUCCCUCUCUUUUUUGAGGGUGCCAGUGUUACUUUCAGGGAAACCAGCCUGGACAAAAUCCAGCAGUGAAUUCAAAAGUGAAAUAAGAAGUGGGAUCUGCAUUCUGGUUUAUCUUGAGGUUCUCAUCACAGUGUUGGAGCAAAAUGACAAAGUUUGUGUGGCACAUUUUGUUAAGCUGACUAAAACCAAAAGAGCCCCCUACAAGACCCAAUUCCCUCCCUCCCGCUGUAGUAUCAAGAUGUGUGGUCUUAUCAUGUGUGCCUUUCUCAUGCCACCCAUUCAAAAAUAAUGGUAUGUUUACACUGCUACACAGUUUGGAAUGGAUGUCUUUACUUGAGGGGGUGUUUUAACAAACAGUCACAUACAAGCAAACAUUUUGUUCAGGCAAAAAAAAAAAAAAAAAAGAACUGUGAUCUCAUCUGUUGAUUCAGGUACCAAACUGCACGGACAGUCGCUGUGAAGGAAUAACAAAAACAAACGAAACAAAAACAUCACCCCUUGAUAUACUGCAUCAGUGUGCAGGGCAUUAUUUUGAAACGAGUGGACGUCUGUACAUAUUUCUAUUAAGAGGAAACAGUGUUAUAGUUGUUGUAAUGCAGACAAUUGGUUGAAAAAUAGUUUCUGACAAAAGAAAAUGCAUCCGCAGCCAAGGCUUGUCCUGCUAGCACAUUUUUACAGAGAUGAGCUAUUUUUACUGGUGAUUUUCUAGGCAUUGAUAUUGAUAUCCUUUGAAAUAAGUGCAAAACUUCCAAACCUACUGUACAAGCACUUCCACAAUGAUAGAUUGUAUGGUACCUUUUGUUACUUUUGUAGGCGUGGUUGUUACUUUGCUACUGCACCAUUUUAUAAAGCGGGACAGGUCUUGGCUGUGUGUCCUCGGGGUAUUUUGUUUUCUUUCUGGUUUUAAAAUGAUUGCCUUUUUUUUUUUUAUUUGUUUAUUUAUUUUGAAGUAAGACAGUGUAGUUUGGCCAAAUUUGUGAUUGUGUGUUUGUGUACUCGUGUACAUGUUCCCGUGUCAGUGUUCUAACCCAGAGAAGUGAUGUCUGUUAUUGUGGGCGUAUGAAUCAUUUUAAAUGUUCUCUCUGAAACACGCAAAUAAAGAAUCAUAGACAAGGAA